AGGUACACCCCCUGGGAAGAAACCCCCCCGUGCCAGCUCACCUGGGGUGCCGUGGGCGCAGCUCCCGUGGAGGAAGGGCAGGGCUGGCUCUGCUCUGGCUGGCCAGCUCCCUCCCAGACCUGGGCACACGCCGGACACGUGAGUCUUCUCACCCUGUGCAUGUGUGGGAUCCCAGACACACAGUUGCUGUUGGCCCGAGAACACGGUGUGUGUCCACUCAGCCACACCUCACCCCGUUCCCCCCCGCCCCAGAUGACUGGUCUCAGGAGGGGUGGGCGGCCUGGGCUGGCUGAAGGCGGGCAGUGCUGCACUCGUGACCCCUGGUCAAAGGCCACUGCUCCGGAGCCCUGGUGGCCUAGUGUCCGCUUGAAGGCCCAAGACCACAGCGGAGGCUGGGGUUCAUCAGGCCGCCACCCCAUCUCUGCCUGGUUAUGGACGUCAUGGUGGGUACCCCGGGCGCCCAUCCUCCGCUCUCCCUCUUGCGUGAGCCGCAUGCCCCUGCGUGUCCCUGGCAUGCACAUACAACCUAUCAAACAGGCACUCAGCAUUUCCCCCCUCUUCGCAGAUGGACAGACUGGGCGCCGCAGACAGCCUGAGGCCCCACCCCACUUCUGCGUGCUGCCCAGCUGCAAGUGUGCAUGUUCCAGCCCCUCGUGCAGCAAGGCUUCGCUGGCCUUGGUCUGGACAGCUGCCUGGACGACGUGCCCUCAAGCAGAGAGGGUGGUUGUGUCCCAUGCACAGAGGCUGCAGGAGGGACCCCGGCCAGCAGUGUGGGCAUGCAGCCUGUGAGCCUCAGGCCUCCCCCUGCGUGUCCUCCCUGCCCGGCACGAAGGUCAGCCUGUUUUGUACUAUUUUGAUGGGCACGCCUGGACCCAGCGGGCUCAGCUCAGUCUGUGCCUGGGGGGCGGGGGCGCUCCACAACAAGGCCCGUGUCCCUGCGGCUUCUGUGUGCUCAGGACUGGCCUGACACCCUGCUCCUUGGGCCCCUGGCCGCUCGGGGGCAGCAGGAGCUCUGCUCACCACCCGGGCCUCUCUCUCGCCUCCGCUGACCGCAGGCCCGCUGCGGGCCCUGCCGGCCGGCCCCCCCGCUGGCUCCCGGGCUCAGCUUCGCCCUCUGCGGGUCCCUAACCUCCCCAAGGAGCGCGUCACCAGGAAGCACAGAGAACCCGGGGGUGGGGGCCGCCCGGACAUAAUUCAUUUUGCUGGGGCCCAGUGAGUGC